AUGGUAUUCAAGCAUCUUUUCGGCCUGACUGUCGGUGCCACUGCCGUCUCAGCUCAUGGCUUGAUUGAUCAACUGAUCAUCAACGGCAAGUCUUAUGUCGGUUUCAACCCUACUGCCGCCCCCUGGGUUCCCGACCAGGGGACCAUCUCCUGGCCAAGCUGGAACACAGAUACUGGACCCGUAUACGGCAACAAUGUUGGACAUCCCGACAUCAUAUGCCAGAUAAACGCUACAAACGCAAAGAUAUCUGCUGUCGUUCCUGCAGGCAGUGACAUCCCACUGCACUGGACCACGUGGCCCGACUCUCACCAUGGUCCGAUCUUCGCAUAUUUAGCCGACUGUGGCGGCGUCUGUACCAACGUUGACAAGACCAAGCUCCAGUGGGUCAAGAUCGCAGAGGAAGGUCGUAUUCAGCUGGGCGCCGGUGGUGGUAGUCCUGGAUUCUGGGUCGCCGACCAGCUGAUCGCGAACGACGGCAAUUGGACUGUCCGCAUCCCAUCGUCUAUCAAGCCUGGGAAUUACGUACUGCGUCAUGAGAUACUUGCCCUUCACUCGGCAUACGACGUCGGUGGUGCCCAGUUUUACCCCCAAUGCAUCAGCAUCCAGAUCACUGGGUCUGGAACCGCCUCUCCGCCUGGUGUGGUGGGCCAGAAGCUUUACUCGCCAACUGACCCUGGUGUGCAUUUCAAUAUCUAUAACGACGAAUCCAAUCCGAACUAUGUGAUGCCUGGUCCAGCUCUCUGUAAGUUCGAAGUUUGA